ACUUACCUCGGUCUAUGCUUUUAUCAGUCCAUUUAUAGACCUACCAUUAUUAUUGUGGAUAAAAAUAGAUCUAAUUUUGUACUCGUUCAGCUUCCUAAUUUUUCCUUGCGUUCAAGAAAUAAAACUACAGGUAUCGUUUCUGAUUCUAAUGGAACUACACGUGAAAGUGUGUUGACGCUAUCUUCCCUGAUAAGCAGUGACUUUGCGAAGUACAAGUGUUUAGCUACAUACGCCAACAUUGGGACACUCACUUCCGCACAAAAAGAUAUGAUCGUUACAGAGCAACUCUUCAGAGUUUCUUAUUAUGAUAAGGAAAGCCAGAAUCUCGUGAAGUUUAAAGGUAGAGGACUCUUAGUUGUGAACUAUUUUGAUUUGGCGUCCAACGAAAUAAAAAUGGGGACAGUUUGCACAGGAAAUUUCGAUUAUGAUAUGGCAGACUUGUACUGCAAGAAACUGGGGUAUACGUACGGAAAGUGGAGACGUACCAAAGAUGGGGCGGAGUUUUUUGACCAGCAGUCUUCUCUCGAGAAAAAAAAGUUUCCUGCUUUGGAAUGCACGAUAACUAAAUCUCACAACAAGACUGUAAAAGUAAUCUGUGACAUCAAUGAUACCUGUGCAGAUCAUCACAAUGAUAUAUGGCUGGAUUGUGCAAACACCAAAGAUGCCAUACGUUGGAGGGACGACAAAAGGUGCGGUAAAAGCUACCCUCUACGCGAUGGAGGUCCUGCCGAAUGCGCUUCAGAUGGGGAAAACCCGUGUUGUAAUGAAGUACAGAAAGUAUGCGGGAACACUGAGGAGGACUGUGUGUGCCAGCAAUGUGUGGACUACAGGAAGAAGGCUGACGCUUGGUGUAAAGUCUCCGAAGUGAACGGUUUUCUAAAAAACGUCUGCUUCAACGAAACACUCCAAAACCACUUUAAAUGUAUUAAUUCAGAUGUGUACUACAAAGAGGAACUUUCUAUUUACAACCAGCAAAGAGGCGUCUAUAUGCUGUCCAAUGUCAGCGCCAUCUGCACAAAUGACCCUAACGUCUAUCAAGCUUGCGGAUUCAGAACCGUCAUCACAAACAGUUCUGUUCUCUGUGGUGGAUACUUCUGCUUGGAUUCUCAAAGAGGGGCGAAUUACAUGAAAUACAAAAGCGGUAGGAAAUGUGGAAACCCAGAUCAUGUAGUACAAGAAGUAGUAGUGAAAGAAGACACCAUCACGUGUGAUGGAAAAUGUGACAUAGUAGAUACCUGUUAUGAUGAGGCUGUAUGCAAUGGCCUUACCUAUGGAGUUCAGUGUGCAGAGGACAAAUAUGUUCCAGUACAUUGGAUUUGCAAUGGAAAGAUAGGUUGCUUGAAAGAGGAGGAUGAGAAAGGAUGUAAGAAUUUAACGGAAAAAGAUUCAUGUACUCAUUUCUAUAGCAGCAAUUAUCUAAACGAUGACAAAGAGGUCCCCAUCAUGGACCAUACCAGAUGUGCCGUUUUUGACAUACCCAAGAAUGUUUUCCCUUACUGCCUGGAUUUCAUGGACCAAACAAACUGUUUGGACAGCUCACGGAUCGGAGGUUGGUGUGAUGUUAAUGAUAAUCGCACUCUGACUAGUAUAUCAAAGAGCAUGGUCUGUCUCAGUCCCAUUUUCAAGACAGUCCCGAGAAGAUAUAAUUCUCUUUGUGAUCAAGAUUUGGAAAAUCGUUGUACUCAAAGUUCAAAAAAUUGUAUUAUUCAUCGUCACCGGAUGUGUGAUGGUGUAGAAGACUGCAAGGACAAAAGUGAUGAACUUAAUGAUGAUUGCGAUUUAGUCACAGAUCCUACGGUGUUAGUGUGCGAAAGGAGAUUUGGUAUUCCUGGCCAGAAAAUGAAAAUUCCUUUUUCAUGGCUGAGGGAUGGCAUUAAUGACUGUCUGGAUAAGGAAGACGAACGUGAUAAAGGAUGGAAACUAUGUGAUGAAGAAAGCCCGGUCACUCGGAGGGUGGUUGCGAGCGACGACUCUUGUGAAGACGUGUUUCUUUGUCCGAGUAUAACUGAAAAACAAACUUUUGUGAGACUCGAUAGUAACGUUCUAUGUGAUGGGGUGGAAUCUUGUGGCGACGAUACUGAGAACAAUGUUUGCAGAAUUGCUAGAGAUUUCCCAGUCAUACAAAGAACACUAACUGUUGAAAAUAACACCGCUGAUCUCUGUAGUAUUACCACGCAAAAUGAAGAUGACUGUGAAAAAACAACAUUCAUGGGGUCUACAGGAGAAAUCAAAAUCUUUGGUGUAACAAAGCAUCUAAAAAUACCCAUAACGAAAGUUGACUGUACAAAGAUGUUCGGGGAGUUCUACGUCUACCUCAGCUGCAUGGACCGCUGUGUAAACUCCAACUGUCCCCUUCCAGACACUUCUAUCAAGCACGAUGCCUGUCCUGGACAGUAUCCAGACCGCAUAUACUCUCUUGCAAACAAUAAGUAUCUCACAUUUGUUACAAAAUCAGAUUCACAGGCCGGAUACCAGAACAACUAUUUUCAAUGCAAUAACUCACGUUGUGUAGAUUACAGUAAAGUUUGUGAUCUCACCAACGACUGUGGCGAUAUGUCUGAUGAGCAAAACUGCAAGAACCAUAUUCAAUGUAGAAAUGAAAAGAAUCAUCUCAUUUCUCUAGAUCAGCAAUGUGAUGGUAUGUUUGAUUGCUACAGCUUAUCGGAUGAGUGUAACGAUAAAUGCGGUAAACAGAUGUUAGACCAUUGGUUUUUGAAGGGAGCGUGUUGGCUAUUUGGGCUGAUGGCUGUCCUGUUCAACUUAAUAAUCAUGGUUCAGAUAGCUGUAUCUGUUAACGGUGCAAAGACAGGGGUAAUGCUUUUGACAAAGUUGCUAUUGGGUUUAAUUUGUCUUGGAGACUUGCUCAAUGGGGUUUACCUUGUCACUAUUUCCAUCUAUGACAGCCUCGUUUUCGGACCAGAUUACUGUGAGAAGCAGGCUGAAUGGCUAUCCGGAACACCGUGUGCACUGUUAGGAGUAAUAGGAACCAUAGGAACACAGCUCUCUCUGUUCUCCAUGACGACCCUAAGUCUCACCAGAGUGAUAGGAAUAUCCUGCUCAGAUAUGACAGCUCCUUCUCGUGUCAACAAGAGAUGGAUAGCUAUAAUAGUUGCAACACUGACAACCGUUAUUGCUUGCUCUGCUUCUAUAGCUUUGGCUCCUUUGGUCCCUUCAUUGGAAGAUUUCUUCGUACAAGGCAUACACUACAAUCCGGAAAACAGAAUCUUUAUUGGUUUCCCGAAUAAAGAAAAGCACGUCAAGGUUCUUAGUUCAUACAACAAGACAUCCGACUUAUCUCUCGACACGACUUGGCAUGAUAUUAGGGAGGGUGUGGCCAAAAUGUUCACCGCAAAGCACAGCACUCUUAGCUGGGAUAACGUACACUUCUACGGCAAUGACGGUGCAUGUCUAUUCAAAUUCUUCGUGCGCAAUGAUGAUGCUAGAAGAAGUAGACAAACUGCUGAAACAGCAUUUAAUGUUGUUGACGCCAUAGAUUUUCAAGGAAACUUGAUGUUGUGGAUCGUGCUAGCAAUAAACUUCUUCUGCUUUGUGGUGAUCGGUGUAUCAUAUAUUCUGAUUACACUACAAACUUGGAAAUCUGCCGUGGACUCACACCAAACCCAAAACCCUGAGACUCUCCGGAAAAACAAGAAGAUACAACGCCGGAUAACUCUGAUGAUCGGAACUGACUUCUCCUGCUGGGUGCCAUUUAUCAUCGUGUGUUAUCUUCACAACGUCAAGUUUAUUGAUGCAACUGACUGGUACUUGUUCUUUGCAAUGAUCGUCCUCCCCAUAAACUCAGUCAUAAACCCUCUGAUUUACGACAAGAACGACACCAUAUUAGGACCCACAUUAUCUGUGUUCACUCGCACUGGAACACUGAUCUACAACUCAAGGGUCGUCAGAUAUUUCCGAAAUAAUCAAAGACCACAAGAUGGGAUGGAGCUUCAAGAAAUGCUGUAGAAACCCCGCAGUGCGGCCACAAACAAGAAACAAAACAUCCAGCUGAAAACAUUCGAGGCACUAAAAAAAGACGCCAUACAUCCAGUUUAAAACAGAUACGGCACCAUUUAAAAGGCAAGACGUCCAGUUCAAAACUUAUCAACAGAAACAAAGGGCAUCUGGUUUAAAACAAAUUAAGCACAAACUAGGGGAAAGACAUCCAGUUCAAAUCUAAAAACAAACAAAGCAUCAACUAGGGGAAAGACAUCCAGUUGGAAACAAAUAGAGCACCAACUAAAGUAAAGACAUCCAGUUCUAAGCUUCUAAACAAAUAAAGCAUGACAUACCUGCCUAAGUCGAUCCAGAUGAAGUCUGGAACCUAUUUCGUGACAGCGUUUCUCUCCAUUUAUCUCUCUCAUGAGCAAACGUAGCUUAUCAGGUUCCAAUACAAUAUCUUCUU